CUGACGUCCAUUGAAUUCCGGUUCAGCUCUCGAGCAUAUUAUCUGCUUUAUAUUAUAUAUUCUUCGAGGCUGCUGUAUCCCUUUUCAUAUAUCGAAUUCAUCUGUCCAUCCAGAGUUCUCGUCACAAUGCAUGCAUCUUGGCAACCACCACAGAACUACCGCAGUCGUCCCGUAACUGUGAUCGGUGCUGGUGUUCUCGGACGUCGUAUAGGAUGUAUCUGGGCAUCUGCCGGGUACGACGUACGAAUCCGAGACCCCAGUGCCCAGCAGCGAGCAGAGGGCAUCGCAUACAUCGAGGAAAAUGCCACAGCCUACGCUGCGAGCACCGGACGAACACCAGGCAAGGCUGAAGGACUGGAGAGUCUGAAGGACGCCGUCUCGAAUUCCUGGCUGGUCAUCGAGGCCAUCCCGGAGAGAAUCGAACUGAAAAUCGACGUCUUCGGUGAACUGGCCGCUCUGGCGCCCAGCGACUGCGUUCUGGCGUCCAAUUCGUCCUCAUACAAGAGCUCAGAGAUGCUUGAAAAGGUCCCCGACGCCGUCAAGCCUCGCAUCUUGAAUAUGCAUUACUACAUGCCGCCUCGGGCGAUGAUUGUCGAGCUCAUGACGGAUGGGUAUACAGCGCCGGAAAUCUUCCCGUUUAUGAUCGACAGGUCCAAGGAGGCUGCGACGUUUCCGUAUGUAGCAAGGAAGGAGUCGACGGGGUUCAUCUUUAACCGGCUCUGGGCGGCUGUGAAGAGGGAGACUUUGACGAUUCUUGCGGAAGGUGUGUCUGUUCCCGAGGAGAUUGACUCCAUGUGGACGCGUAUGUUCCUUGAGAAUGGAAUCACUCCUUGCAGGAUGAUGGAUGAUGUUGGACUCGACACCGUCGCGUUCAUCGAGAACCACUACAUCCACGAACGCGGCCUAUCAGGUGAGAAGACCGUCGACUACCUAACGAAGAACUACCUGGACCAGGGAAAACUGGGCACCAAGUCCUCCAAGGGCGGUUUAUAUCCAGUUCCUCAAGCUGGCGCAAACGAGCCGCGUCUUCUCGUCCUAGACAUUGGCCUCUCAGCCGCCACCCCAGACACCAAAGCAGGCCAGAUCCUCGAGUUCACUCCAGACGGGAAACGUCACCGUGUCCUAAUCCGCAACCAAGCCCUCCCAGACGGUCUGGUCGUGGAUUCAGUCACCCGCCGCAUGUUCUGGACCUGCAUGGGCGUCCCAGGGAAGCAGGAUGGAGCCGUAUAUUCCUCCAACCUAGACGGAACGGACAUCCAAACCGUCCUGUCCCCAGGAAGCGUGAACACCCCGAAACAAAUAACCCUCGACCGAUCCGCAAGAAAACUCUACUUCAGCGACCGUGAAGGCAUGCGCGUUUACCGCUGCAACCUCGACGGAUCUGAUCUGGAAACCCUUAUCUCGAACGGAGACCAUCCAGACACCAUGCAGUGGUGCGUCGGGAUCGCCGUCCUACCCAAGCUAGGAAAAUUCUACUGGACACAAAAGGGUUACUCGAAGAGUAAUCGGGGACGUAUCUUCUGCGCUAACAUCGCCAUGCCGCCCGGCCAGUCCGCAACAACGCGAGACGACAUCCAAUGUGUACUGAGCGGACUGCCGGAGCCGAUUGAUCUCGAGAUCGACGCGGAGGGUGGCCUAUUGUACUGGACUGAUCGGGGUGAGUUACCGUUCGGUAACUCGUUGAAUAGAGCUAGGUUGGACUUGUCAUCUGGUCUUGUCGUGCAGCCACCGUUGCAGCAGAAGCAGCAUGAGGUUAUUUUCCGGAAUCUCAAUGAGGCGAUUGGGUUAGCGCUGGAUCCGCGCGAUGGUCGUGUCUAUAUGACUGAUCUGGGUGGGAAUAUCUACCAGUGUGACCGCGACGGGAAGCAAGGAAAGAAGUUGUACACUGAAGAUUCGCGGGCUUUCACGGGGAUAGCCGUGUUGUGA